UAAAAAGAAAAAAACUGACAAACAAGUUUUGCUUUGUUGUGCUGACUGUUGUGUGGUUUUCCUUGAUAUCGUACAUUUUUUGCCACUGCAAAAUAACAAGAAACGACGCAAUAACUCAAAUAGUAAAAGUAUUGUUUGUCUCGUGAAAGUCAUAGUGAGCGUUCAACAUGUCUGAAGAACCGCAAAAUAAUGGCAACGGCGAUAAUGGCGAAAAAGAACAAAGGCCAAACGGUGCUGGUGAUGAAGGCGACGCUUGGGGAAGCCACGAUUCCUCAUCGAUCCGUCGCUACGCUAAAAUGCCUGUGGACAGAAACGCUCCUUACUACAACAUGAAUCACAAGCAACGUGGUAUGGCCAUCAUUUUCAAUCAUGAGCAUUUUGAUAUCCAUAGCUUGAAGUCUCGCACUGGCACUAAUGUGGAUUGUGACAAUUUAUCUAAGGUUCUCAAAAGCAUAGGAUUUCGUGUUACCGUACUCACCAAUCUGAGAGCAGAAGAUAUCAGUAGAUACAUACAGCAGACUUCAGAGAUGGACCACUCUGACAAUGAUUGCUUGCUGAUUGCGGUGCUGACUCAUGGUGAAAUGGGCAUGCUGUAUGCAAAGGAUACUCAUUACAAGCCUGACAACCUGUGGUAUUAUUUUACUGCUGAUAAAUGUCCAUCUUUGGCUGGGAAACCGAAGUUAUUCUUUGUCCAGGCUUGUCAGGGUGAUAAACUAGAUGGUGGAAUAACUCUUUCUAAUCGCACUGAAACUGAUGGGUCAUCAAGUACCUCCUACAGGAUUCCCAUACAUGCUGACUUCUUAAUUGUAUUUUCAACUGUUCCUGGAUAUUACUCCUGGAGGAACACCACUCGUGGCUCCUGGUUCAUGCAGGCUCUUUGUGAUGAACUUCGCUAUUCAGCAGCUGAAAGGGACAUCUUGACACUUUUGACGUUUGUCUGCCAGAGAGUAGCUUUAGACUUUGAGUCUAACACCCCUGACAUGUUGACCAUGCAUCAACAGAAGCAAGUGCCUUGCAUCACUAGCAUGCUCACUCGUCUUCUUAUUUUUGGAAAGAAAUAAUUACCUAUUUACUUUAAAACUUUUUGUUUGUAGUGAUUUACAAAGACAUUUUAAAAUUUCUUAGUUGUUUAUUCAGAACAAAAUGUAGGAAAUUGAAUUCCUAAUCUAUAGUAGGUAUUUUUUAUUGUGGCUGUUUAAAAAAAAUAUCAGAGCCAUCUAUUAUUUAAAUGAGAUUAUUUGGUGUUGUACUUUUAAACAUUUAAAUAGCUUGAUAAAUUGUUUGCUUGAUAAUAGCCAUAAGACUAAUAACUACUGAUUAUGAACUGCCAUUACAAUAUAUAAAUCAAUAGUGAAAACAUAUUUACACCAUGAUGAUAUACAGAUAAUAAAAGAUAAUAGAAAUAUCAAACUUUUACAAAUUUUGUGCACUGUAACAGGCUCAAAUUAGCGUGUAACAGUAGUACUGUUUUAACAUUGUUCUAACCACAUAAUAUAUUUCAAAAAUUAUAAGCAAUUUAAUAAAGUACAUUCAUUAUAGAGUAGUUGCCAUGGAAGAGAUUGUCAAGUUUAUAAUGUACUUAAACAAUAAUAAUGAUCUGAUAUAUUUUAUAUUUAGUUAUACAUAUAUUACAUAAAAGUAAAUUUAAAAGUUCAAGAUCUGAUUUUUUUAUAUCUUGGUAAAGAUAUUUCAUCUAUAUUUCCAACAUAUAUAAUUAUGGCCAAUUCCAUUGUACAUAUCACUGCAUGUGUUACUGAAGUAAUUACGACACAUAGCAGUCUUGUUUUAGUGUACUGUGUCAAUAAUUUAAUUAUGCUAGUAAAGUUCCAAAAUAGCACAAUUGCAAUUUUGUUACGUUUUAUAAGUUUACUAUUUUAGUUGAAUUUUAGUGAAAUACAUCUAUUCUAUGUAUCUCAUUCUAGUGACUUUAUUGUGGUUGUAAAAGAAGUUAAGUUAGUAAAAUUUCUGUAUCCAGUAAUCAUUUCUUUACUUGUAUAUUUUCUACAGUAGCUUCCUAUUAAAUGCAAUACACAACUUAGCUAUAAACUUAAGUUUUUAUCUCAUUAUAGCAUUUAAUUGUUUCCUUGUAAGAAACUGCCAUCUAUGAACAAAUGUAUGGUGGGCUUAUUGCCUUUAUAUGUAUUUUGCCUUUAAAAAUAUGCUCAAUGCCUCAUUGCAUAUCCAUGUAUGUAUUGAACUGUGUAUUUAUGUAGUGAUUGUAACAGCAUUUUACAGAGCUGUUGUUCACUGAAUUUGUACAUGAUAUUGUACCUAAAUAAGUACUGAUUGUUUUUCAUUUUAUUUUAUUUAAGAGUGCCAGGAAAAUCGGUAUUAGAUUGACAUUGUAUGUGAUAUUGGUACCGACUGAUUAAAUUAGGAUAUGUUUAAGUUCAAACUAUCUGUGAGGAGCUAAAGAUGUGAUAUGGUAAAUGAUCCCUUAGAAAAUUGUGCCUUUCAAGUACCUAUAUGUUAGAUACUUGAAUAAGAUGUUGAAGUUUAAGAAAUAGAUGCGAUUUAUCUCCUCAUAGGUUUUUGAUGUAUCAAAAUGACGUAUCUUGUUGAAACUUAUUUUUGUAUUUCAUGUAAGCAAUAAAUGGUCUCUUCAAA